GCCAACCUUAGCUGCCAGAUUCACUGUGGUAGAGUUCGAGCGUCUAGAGAAUGAUGUCCUUUGCAUGUGCCGCUCUACUAUGUGCUGCCGUCUUCUUGGGGUCGGCGCCCCAGGGGUGCGUCGGUCAGCAGAUCACCGUAAAUACCAGCACGGGCACCAUUUACAGCACGGCCCUCUCAUGCCCCAGCACGAUUUACGGCUUGGCUGACUGUAUGCCUGCGGCCUGCUACUGGUCGGGGUCAAGGUCACAGUGCUGCAUGUACACCAACAAAACAGCAUCGGGGGUAAUAUUCCAACAAUGUAAAUGCAACAGCAACAUAAACUGUGCGCCAGCUACAACAACACCUUUGACAACCACUACGACUACCACGCCAACAACAACCACGACCACACCGACAACAACCACCACAACGAAAACGACAACUACAACGAAGCCAACUACCACCGGCCCCCCUACUUUCUACGAGACCGCCAACUGCUGUAACGCCACCAGCACCACCACCAUGCCUGUUACGUGUGCUGCCUAUGACCCCUGUUUCCUGUCCACCUAUAGGAGCAAGUGCUGCCUGUCAAGUACGCGCAUCAUUGCGCAAGUUCCAACAUUUGAUGGUACCCUUGUGAAUCUCUUGCUGGUAGAUAAUGUUUGUCGCUGCACCUCUGAUGUUCCCUGUUCACGAUAAAAAAAAAAUAGGUCAUCUGUCAUGUAGGCUGAAUACAAAACGCUGACAGCUGUCAAGACAGGCUGAAUGGCUGAAAAAUAUAACAUUUUUUAAAUCAAUAAAAUCAUUUAAUCAGAAGUGCAGUUUUG